AUGAAGCCCAAGCAUGGACUGAGAGAGCUGAAUGGCAGCAGAGGGGGACAGCUGGGCUGUGUGGCCAGGCACAUUAACAGUGCAACAUGGUGGAGUGAGCAUCUUUCUGAAGAGAACGUCAAGUUCCUCCAGAAGGUAACUGCAGAAGAGUACAAAGCCCAGACAGACAGCAAGCUGUGCCCUCUGAAGGACGAACCAUGGCCGUUGAAUGAGUGGAAACCAGAUUCUCGCAGAGUUGGUGUUGUUGCAGUAAAAUUGGGAAUGAUGCCAAUAUGGACCAAGUCAGGAAAGAAACAUGCAGUCACUCUACUAAAGGUGCAAGAUUGCCAUGUUUUAAAGUAUAUUUCAAAAGAAGAUUCAGGUGGAAAAUCACCGAGACUCGUUGUUGGAGGGAAAAAUGGAUCUCCUUUUUCGAGAUCAGAGUCUGAAAUGAAAAUUUUUAGAGAAGCUGGAGUACCACGGAAGCAGAAAAUUACAUCAUUUAAUGUAACAAAUGAUGCCAUCAUUAAACCAGGAACUCCUCUGUAUGCUGCUCACUUCCGCCCAGGGCAGGUCGUGGAUGUAACUGCAAAAACAAUUGGUAAAGGAUUUCAAGGUGUUAUGAAAAGAUGGGGAUUUAAAGGCCAGCCUGCUACUCAUGGCCAAACUAAAACUCACAGGCGUCCUGGAGCAAUAUCUACCAAUAAAGCUUCCAAAGUUUACCGUGGAAAGAAAAUGCCUGGUAAAAUGGGUAACGUUUACAGAACAUCCUUUGGAUUAAAGGUGUGGAGAAUCAACACAAAACAUGACAUUAUUUAUGUAAACGGGUCUGUUCCAGGUCACAAAAAUUGUCUGGUGAAGGUGAAAGAUACCAAAUUGCCUGGUUACAAGGACUGCAAUAAGAACCCUCCAUUCCCCACAUAUUUUGCUGAUGGAGAUGAAGAAUUACCAGAAGACUUGUAUGACGAGGACGUUUUCCAAUUCACAGAUCCAUCUGUCACAUAUGCUUAAUGUUCUUGACAACUUUGAAAACAUAUGUUUUUAUCUUACUUUCAUGAACUUUACAUUGCUGUGUAAGAGUAAACCUGUAAA